AUGGCGGAUGAAGUGUCGCGAGCUCAGAGCGCGCAGCCGGGAGGAGACACGAUAUUCAGCAAAAUCAUCCGUAAAGAGAUUCCUGCGAACAUCUUUUAUGUAGAUGAUCAGUGUAUUGCCUUCCAUGAUGUGGCCCCUCAAGCUCCCACUCAUUUCCUGGUGGUCCCCAGAAAGCCCAUUACCCAGAUCUCUAAAGCAGAGGACGCUGAUAAAAAGCUGCUUGGACACCUGAUGAUCGUUGCUAAGAAGUGUGCUGAGCAGGUGGGAUUGCCCAGAGGAUAUCGACUGGUGCUCAAUGAGGGUCCUGAUGGGGGUCAGUCCAUUUACCACAUUCACAUCCACGUUCUGGGUGGUCGUCAGUUGGGAUGGCCUCCUGGCUAA